GAAACUGAAUUAAGUAAAGUCUUUUGCAGCCAUGAUCACCUCAUCAAGCUUUCCAUUACUCUGCCUCACAAUCUCUGUACUCUUUCUUCAUCCCUUGCCCUCCUUCCAUUCUGCAGACCCUGAUCCAUUACAAGACCUGUGCGUGGCAGAUUUAAGUGCCUCCACACCAGCCGAUUAUAACUUUCCCUGCAAACCCAUCUCAGAGAUCACAUCUGAUGACUUUUUCUUCGAUGGCCUGACCAAACCAGGAAACAAAACCGAAGUUUUUGGGGUAUCUGUAUCAGCUGGCAAUGUCCUCACAUUUCCUGGGCUCAACACUCUUGGCAUAUCACUCAACAGAGUUGGGUUUACACCACGUGGGAUCGUCCCACCUCACUCACACCCUCGAGCCAGUGAGGUUGGGGUCGUCAUGGAAGGCAAGAUCCUCACUGGUUUUGUGACGACUAAGAAUGUUUUUCACUCCAAGGUUUUGACUGCUGGGGAGGUUUUUGUGAUUCCCAGAGGGCUUGUUCACUUUCAGCUCAAUGUUGGAGAAGGUGAAGCCCUUGAGUUUACUGCUUUCAACAGUCACUUGCCUGGUUCUGCUACAGUUCCUUUGAAUCUAUUUUCUGCCACGCCUUCGAUCUCUGACCGUGUGUUGACCAAGACGUUUCUAGUGGGUGAAGAUGUUGUUGAUAACAUUAGAUCCAAGUUUAGGUUUUGAGACGCUUUGAAGAUUGAUUAGUUAUAGUUUUGGUUUUGUUGGAAGAUUGUGUUCUUUGUUUGUGAAAGGUUUGACUUGUUUUGUAUUUGGUUCAACAUCUUUCUAAAAGUGUGAGGAAU